AUGAACGAUGAAAUCAAUGAGCUGCCACCUAAAAUAUGUGAGCAAUGCUUGGGUGAUAAGACUGAGAUCAGGAUGACGAAGAUUUCUCAAGGCUCUGAGUGUAAGAUCUGUACUUUACCAUUCACCUUAUACCAUUUCAAGGCAUGCAAACGGAACAGUAAUAUCGUAAAAACAUUAAUAUGCGUCAGAUGUGCCGCUCAAAGAAACGUUUGUCAAUGUUGCAUGCUUGACUUAAGGUGGCAUAUCCCUGUACAGCUACGGGAUCAUUUGAUAUCUAUGGUUAGUGAGGAGAAUAUCGUAACAGAGGAGGCAAAAAACGACAUGAUGAGAAGGUUCUUAUCAUUAAAAGACGUGAAGUUAGGGGGAGCCCAAAUCACAAGCGAUCCUUCGGAAACAGACAAUAUACUCGAUAGAUUAAGAGGUAUACUUCAACGACCAGGAUCGAAUGAUGAAAAGUCUUUGUCACACAGUAGGGAAGCAGCAGCAUUGGCUAAAAAAGAACAAGAUACGAAUGUGAUCAACAUCGAAAAAUAUGCGUCCGUGGACAUCUCUCACAUUUUGAAGAAAUUACCUUUGAGUGAAUCGUUCUCAAAUGAUGUCUCUACUAGAUCCUUUUUUCUUUAUAACGUUGAUGUCUCAAUUCCUGAAUGGAAAAUAUCUGAUGCAAUCUCACAGUUAUUGAAUUUAAGAAAGCUGGGUGAUGGAAAUGCAUUAUCACUAAUAAUCAAUCAUAAGGCAAAGUGCGGAGGUGUAAGAUUUCAAUCCAAUGAACUGGGGGAGAAGUUCGCAAGUAAAUUAAAUGAGACUCUUACCACACCAAAGAGUAUAAAUAGGGGUGUUUUGCGUAUCGAUCGUUCCAGAAUAUUUGUUAUUCCUUGGACAUCCGGAUUCUCGGCCGCAUCAUUUGGUGCCAAUACGGCAGAAAAUAUAAAACUGAGUUUAAGUUUAAAUAAGCUAAUUCAGGUUGAGUUAGGCGUUCGUGAUAAACAGCUUCCCGCAAUAAGCACUGAAAACUCCAAGAAACGUAUGAAAAACACAUCGAAGAAAAUUCAUAAGGCCAAAUCAAAGAAAGGGAAACCUCGGGCGAACAAUUUAACCUUAUAA